AUGUCAUCGACUUUUUUCGGGGAUAGAAGUAACCCCAUGAGUCCCGAAAUCUUACCAAGCACCACUCCAAGUCCUCGCAUAAUCAAGCCACCGUUACAUGGUCAGAUUCCCAAACAGAGAUCCUCUUCUGUGAACUCCACAGGCUCCAAUCAUCAAUCUGUUGUAAGUCUAGACUCUCCCAGAAACUCCAUCAUUUCCCUUGACGACGUACGUCCCCUAACACGAAAUAACAGCACCACCAGCUUAACCUCCAUCACCAAUACUAGCAAGGAACCCACGGUUUUGUCACGAGGAAAAUUCAAGUUCAAGGGCCAUUUUAGUACCAGUGCGGUAUUCUCAGAUGAAGACUCAGAAAUAGACAAACCCACCACCUUGCCGGCUCAUGGGCCGCAGCUACUAGCAAAGAAAAUAAGACGCCGAAAGGACAGUUUUGAGUCUCGUUCCGAUCCUAUAAAACGUGAUUUCCAGUUUCAGUUCUCCAACCCUCCCAUCCAAAAUGUCACCAAAUCGCCGAUACCUCCAAAAGCCGAAGUAAAACAUGAAGACAACACACCUUCUCCCCUUUCGCUUCUUUCGAAUGACUCACUGACGCCGUCCAAAAAGGUUAAAAGCUCCAAGACUAAUAUAUCACAGUCGCUUCUUUUGAAGAAAAAGAUAUACUCGAAAGACAUUCAACUCGAACUCAUUCCAUCUCCAACACAAAUUAUCAACAAGGAGGCAAAACGGUUUGCGGAUAAGAAAUCAGCAUUGAGAGAUUCUUUCUCUGAUGCCCCAAUCCUUUCUACUUUGAAUCACCAAAAUCAACUCAUUUCUGAGAUGAACAGAAAAUGGAACAAAAGUCUUGAAGCUCCGAAGCGCACAAAAUAUAAACUGACGAGCCCAGUAUCGUCUGAUCCUCGAGAGUCUCGAAAACGUCCACGCGCAUACUCAUUUGGUGAUGAAGGUGAUGAUGAGGAAUCCUUUAAUGAAUUGUAA